AGGUGACUAGACGGCGCGUCAAUUACAUUUCAGACCAGCACGCACACACAUACAUAACCACACCGGUAAACAGCUACUGUCUCUUCCUAUACCCUGCAGAGCAGAGAUCAAAACUAAUCCAACCUGAGCUUGAGCCUUUCUAAACGUUCUCUUUUCUAUCUUUUUUCAUCCACGCUGGACGCUUUAUUGGUUCCAUCGACAGUUUACGUCGCGAGCGCAGACCUCUUGCUGCCUACACACGCACCUACACCCAGCGAAAUCGCCGCGGCUGCUCGCACGUGAUCGUCUUCUCUUCCUGUUCCAUUCCACAUCUCGCCACACAAGAUGUCGACCGAAAAUGCCACCACCACCACCACCUCGUCCCCACCUGCGGCCACGUUGCCGCUAGGUCGCGGCAGAUCGGAGGCAGGUAUUCCGUUAGGAAAGCUGGCAGACCCGCUGCGCUGGUACUUUCAGUGGGUGCGGGCCAACCCAGAAAACGCCACCAGCCUCGAGCAGAUCUCGCGCACCUUCACGCUGCUCGUGUCGGACCCGACGAACCUGAUCAACUCCGAGGCGUGCUUCACGCUGUGCAAGGUGCACUCCCUUUCCAACGCCGCCAUCAUCGCCACCGGCUCACACCACACGACCAAGACGGACAUCCUCUCCUUCGUCCUGCAAGCCAUUCAAGAGGUGGAGUGUCUGAUGGAGCUUAUCAGCCGCAAGUAUGCCGGCCACCGCCACACGUGGAAUGCGCUGCUGCUGCUCGAGGCGAUCAAGUGCACCCUGAAGACCUGCGUACACCGGCAAAUGUUUUUGAUCCCAUGGCUGUGGGAAUCGCUGAAGGCGUCGCUGCGCCGCGCUGUGCGCCACUUCGUCAACCUCGGCGGACGUCGUCGUCGCGUACGCGGCAGCGGGGCCAAAGACGGCGCCUCCAUCACGGCGAGCUUCGCAGCGGGCGGCGGCGGCAGCGGUGGCUUUAACGGCGUGAAUGGCGGCGUGGACCUGGGCGUCCUCGCAGGGCUGGAGCACGGCAGCAGCAGCCUUCGUGGGGCGGUGGUGGGGCCGAACAAUACCCGCCUCGUCAUCCCACGCGUCGCCUCCGACCGCCGCCACGAGCACCGUCACGUCUUCAGCAGUGGUGGCGGCGCCGCUCCGGUUGCCCACGACGACGGCGGCGACGACGGCCACCUCGCCUUUCCGCGCGACGAGGACGCGAUGGAUGAGGACGAGGUGGAGGAGGGCGAGUCGGUCCCCUUUACCUGGGUGGAUGUGCUGGGCAUGCUCCUCGACCUCUACCUGCUGCUCCGCCCGCUCGUGCUGGUCGCCGUGGCGCGCCACACUUUCCUGCAGCUGCCGGAGGAGGAGGCGAACUCUAUCGCAACGCUGCCACCGGUGAUGACGCGCGCGGAGCAGACCGCCGCUGCGAAGGAGGCGACCGAGGCGGCCAAGGCAGCGAAGGCGGCGGUCGAGGCCGGGAAGCCGGCCCCUGCGCCACCGUCCCUCCCCGAUCCCCUGGCCGCCCUGCACAAGGCCAUGUCCGUUGCCCCGACACAGAAUUUGAUGGGCAGCUGGCGCGGCUGGGGCGCCGUGGCGGGCUGCGACCUGCUCGUCGCCUUCCUCGCCCGCGUGGUACGACAGAAGCGGGUGCCGGUGGUGUACAUAAACGACAGCGCGGAGAGCGAAGGUGCCGAGGCGGCGGUGGCCGCGGCAGGGGGGCAGCUCAGCGUGGCAGACAGCAACGAGGACGCAGAGGCGGCGGCGGCGGCAGGCGGUGUGGUGGACUCCACCGCCGCCGGUCCGAACGCGAUCGGCCCUGUGCAGGACCUGCCGGUCGUGUCGCGUGACCGCAUGCGCGUGCAGCAGGCGCUGCGCAACACCUUCUUCGGGUUCUUGCGUGACCCCUUCUUCUCGGCGGUGCUGAAGCAGCUCAUCUAUCACCACUUUGUGAAGGGCUUCGUCAACCGCAUCCCCCUCCUCGGGCCGUGCGUGUCCUUCUACGUCAUCCACUACCUGUCCAUGCAGCAUUACAGCUUCCUGUACACGCUGGGGCAGUAG